ACGCAUCUAAUUAUUAAAAAAUAAAAAAAAACUGAGACCCCCACUUGGGCACUCGACGAAACGGCGACUCCUGCGCCGGGGGAUCCCCAUACCAUACGCCGCGCCGCCGCCACGAACAGCGACCGCCGCGAGGGCGACACGACCGGCAACCGGCCGAGGGGAGAUACGAUAGGCGAGUGCGGACGGCCUAUCGCCGUGCGACAGCGGCACCCCGGUGUGGUCGCGUGCGCCGCCGGCGCCGGGCCAAGGCGUCAAGCGCUGCCCAGUCCCGAUUCCGCCCUGCACUGCCUCUCGCCCUGUCCUGUCUGACUGUCCGAGACUCUGACUCCGCCCUGGUGAGCGUUCUUCACUCCUCCGAUUCUUCACCUCGCACUGGUCCGAUGGAAUCCGACGCCGAGGAGGAAGCGGCGGCGACCCCAGCAGCGGCGGCGACCCCAGGCGCUGGGCGUCUGAAGGGGAACCCGGAACUGACUGUGGACGCGGACAUGCGAGAGAUGGCGAAGACGGCCGCGUGGAGCGUCAGUUCCUGCAAGGCCGGCAACGGCGUCGCGGCCCUGCGCGACGACAACCUCGACACCUACUGGCAGUCUGAUGGGGCGCAGCCGCACCUGGUGAACAUCCAGUUCCAGAAGAAGGUGCAGCUGCAGCUCGUUGUGCUCUACGUGGAUUUCAAGCUCGACGAGAGUUACACGCCGAGCAAGAUCUCCAUCCGGGCCGGGGAUGGCUUCCACAACCUAAAGGAGAUUAGAACGGUGGAGCUUGCAAAGCCAGUUGGAUGGGUCCACAUAUCAUUAUCCGGGAUUGAUCCACGAGAAACAUUCAUUCACACAUUUAUGCUCCAAAUUGCUGUUUUAUCCAAUCAUCUGAAUGGGAGGGAUACUCAUGUCCGACAGAUCAAGAUCUACGGGCCAAGACCGAAUCCUGUUCCCCACCAGCCGUUUCAUUUUACUUCCAGGGAGUUCAUCACAUACUCUACUAUUAGAUGACAGUGGAUGAGCAAUCAAGAUAGGAUCGGCAGCUCAUGGCUCUGGAUGAUCGCGCCAUAUUAGUAUAUUUGCCUGCUUGUGUGCUGUCUAUCGGGUCUUGGACGUGUAUGUGUAAUGAAGUUGUUAAGUUAGCUCAGCAGCAUCCACAUCUCAUAUUUUAAACCCCACUACAUAAAGAGUGCAGUGCAAAAUAGUGAUUUGCAGGGCACAUGUACCUGCUGGCCAUAGCCUUAGGUAGCAAUAACAUACUUUUGAAUUUGUUUCGCGGCCUCUGUUGGCUUGCAGUGUUUGCUUGGUUCA